AUGCCCUACAGCUGGACACAUCUCGUCCGUUUUUUGGCCAAGGAGGACGGUCAGGUCCACCUAGGCCAGAUCGAUGCUGCCAAGGUGCCCGACCUAGGCCUAGCGCUCGAGAAGGGCGAGACGGUGACGGUGCAAGUCGUCGAAGGCGACGUGUUUGACGGGGUAGUAACAAACAGGACACUGACCAUCUCAACGGUGAGCUUUGGGCUGUUAGCGGUCGUCUUUUUGACACCCUGGCUGACUCGGGCACUUUUGAACAACUGCUCGCGCUACUGCGCCAAGAUCAGGUGCCCCUUAUCCGCUGCAUGGGACUCAACUACCGCGACCACGCCAAGGAGGCCGGCAUGCCGAUUCCAGACACUUCAUCAAGCCGCGGACGGCGCAGGCAGGCCCGUCCCCGCGCGAAUCGUCGUGCCCAAGAUCGCGCAGGACGGCACAAGCGACUACGAGGCAGAGCUGUCGCUGGUCAUCGGCAAGACAGGCCGCGACAUUCCCAAAGAGCAGGCACUGGACUACAUGCUGGGCUAUACGGCGAGCAACGACGUCAGCGCACGGGCCCACACUGACGGCACAGGUCUCGACGCGUCGGCUCCCAUUGGGCCGGUCUUGGUAGCGGCAUCUGCCAUCGUCGAUCCUCACAGGCUCAAGAUCAAGGCAAUUCUCAACGGUGAGGUCGUCCAGAACUCCAACACGAGCGAGAUGAUCUUCGAUAUCCCAACGACAAUCGCGUUCCUGUCACAGGGCACGACGCUGGAGCGUGGCACAAUCAUCAUGACGGGCACCGGCCCCGGCAUCGGAGCUAUGCGCACGCCCAAGCUCUCGCUAAAACACGAAGACGACAUCCGCGUCGAGAUUGAGAAGAUCGGCACGCUGAUCAACAAGGUCUACCACGAGUAG